GAUAUAUUUCUUAACGAGGUCUGUACGUUACUUGCAGUCGGGCACGAUAUCACUGUCGGUGCUUCCACCCUACCGCGCAAUCUCAAAGAAGCUGGUCUCACACGCAAGAUCCUUCGAAAACUUGCUUCCGAACGUAAUGAGAGCCGAGAAGGGGAAUUCAGAGUGAGUUUUCGCAACUAUUUUAUCGGGGAUGGCUCAGAAUUCGUCGGCAUUGACGAAACCAGCAAGAACGACCGGACAUACACAUGGCACUAUGGACGAGCACCGGGGGGACAUUGCGCACAACUCACGAAUGUCUUUGUUCGAGGUGAUUGGUACUCUUUGUGUACCGCUACGACCGCGCAAGGUCACAUUGCAGCUCAG